AUGAUUGAGCGGCCGUCCUGCAACGCGACUGCAGCAGCAGAGGCCUUCGCGCAUGCAAGCAUGUGCCCUGAUUGUCGCCGGGAAACUGCUAUCACAACAGAUAACACCGACAAAAAGCGAGAGGCGUUUCGCUCAGGCCAGCGGGCAGAUGUGAGGACUGCCAUGCAGCACCAGGAAGGCGGCGACGACGCGGAAGUCGAAAUCGAGAAGACUCCAACCGUGGCCACACCGAGAUUCGCCGUGGAAGGUGGGCCUCCAGCGGCACUGAGUGCGGACCGGAUGCGGCUUCUGCAUUCUGCUGCUGCCACAAAGCCAACCAGCAUAGGCGCGGGUUUCUAUUGCCGAGGCAUUGAGGAAGGAUGCUCAUUGUUCCGCGGUGUACCCUCCAAGCCUCCAAGAACUAAGCGAACGGCCCUUGGUGAGGGUCGGCACUAUGCGACACUGUGCGACGCGCUUGUGUCCUGGCCGCUGUAUGUCGCUCGUUUUCAAUGGUUCAAGAGAGAUAUUGAAGAUUGGGUCAUGGAGCCAUCAGCUGCUAAGCUACUCCUUCACUUUCCAGCGGGGGGCUGUCAAGGUAAGAAAAAAGGAGAAGGCUUCCCAUCACUGCGAUCGCAAGCCAACGGAAGCUCAGAGGAAGCCACCAGCGAGAAAAGGGAAACCGCUUCGGCCGCCAGAUUCGGCAAGAAAUUGCCUCCAGCAGCCAAACAGCCUGAUGUUGGAAGCCAAGACCGACUACUGGGAUUGGUGACGCAACGGCCGCCCGGUGGUCCUGCCACAUGGCAUCGGCCACAUCAGAUGCCCUCAUCAGAUCAGCAACCAACUGAGCACACGAUCGUGGCAAGGGGAUGCCAUGACACUGAGCUUCUGGCACCCUCGGCUGCAUUGUUCUGGGUGCAGAAUCACACUGACAUAGAGGAGAAGCUCCGCAGUGUUCCGAGAGCUGCCGGCAAGCCACCCGUGUGCGUCCGAACGGGACUCACGGCCUGCGUGCGGCUGAAAAUCGAGCAUCAGCAGAGGCGUGCGCGCAUGCAAGCAUGUGCCCUGAUUGUCGCCGGGAAACUGCUAUCACAACAGACAACACCGACAAAAAGCGAGAGGCCACGCACGCAAUCCUCGGUCCCGAUCCCACUCAACCGGGCAAUGUGCGACAAUGCCAAGGCGUUUCGCUCAGGCCAGCGGGCAGAUGUGAGGACUGCCAUGCAGCACCAGGAAGUAACUCACACAAAAGCUGAACUGCUCACGAUGACGGCUACGCCAGCAGCUCGGCCGGCAUGGUUGGAAUCACGAGCGCGAGUCCAGCACCGCAUUCAAGCCAAGCAACAUCGCGCCUGCCCGGUGCAUCCGUGGACCCGUGCGAAGGGCGCCAAGCACAGCAGAACGGCAAAAGUUACGACGAUGACGGCCAGAGCCCUGCACAAGGCCUGCACACCACGCUCAGCUCUUAGCAACUACGCUGGCUCCCAACGUUUGCUGAAUAUCUGUGGGCAGGUGCGAGCAAGUGAAAAGUACGUACGGCGGACCUGUAGCGUGCAGAAAGCACUGAAAGCACGUGCCUGGUUUCUUCUGGACAUCCAUUGGCUGCCUUCUGUCACAGGCCGUUACACUUGCGCUGACGCAGGUAUCGUGCAGCUGAAGGGCUUCAAAAGCUCACAGAACCUACGAACUGAUGUGUGUGCCAAGUCAGGAGGCGCCAGGAAGGCCGAGCAGUUUCCGGCAGCUGCCGCAGCCGAUCCUGGUGCAGCUAAGGGCGGCGACGACGCGGAAGUCGAAAUCGAGAAGACUCCAACCGUGGCCACACCGAGAUUCGCCGUGGAAGGUGGGCCUCCAGCGGCACUGAGUGCGGACCGGAUGCGGCUUCUGCAUUCUGCUGCUGCCACAAAGCCAACCAGCAUAGGCGCGGGUUUCUAUUGCCGAGGCAUUGAGGAAGGAUGCUCAUUGUUCCGCGGUGUACCCUCCAAGCCUCCAAGAACUAAGCGAACGGCCCUUGGUGAGGGUCGGCACUGUGCGACACUGUGCGACGCGCUCGUGUCCUGGCCGCUGUAUGUCGCUCGUUUUCAAUGGUUCAAGAGAGAUAUUGAAGAUUGGGUCAUGGACCCAUCAGCUGCUACUCCUUCACUUUCCAGCGGGGGGCUGUCAAGGCAAGAAAAAAGGAGAAGGAACCCCAUCACUGCCAUCGCAAGUCUGUCCACAGACCUGAGGACGCCCCCACAGGCACUUCGCUGCACGCUUUGUGCCAAGAGGACAGGACUGGGAGAAGCCAACGGAAGCUGCGAGGAAGCCACCAGCGAGAAAAGGGAAACCGCUUCGGCCGCCAGAUUCGGCAAGAAAUUGCCUCCAGCAGCCAAACAGCCUGAUGUUGGAAGCCAAGACCGACUACUGGGAUUGGUGACGCAACGGCCGCCCGGUGGUCCUGCCACAUGGCAUCGGCCACAUCAGAUGUGCAAGCAAGCCAACUUGAGGUCCUCCCUCAAGAAGCUUGGCAUCUUUUCCAGGCCCUCAUCAGAUCAGCAACCAACUGAGCACACGCUCGUGGCAAGGGGAUGCCAUGACACUGAGCUUCUGGCACCCUCGGCUGCAUUGUUCUGGGUGCAGAAUCACACUGACAUAGAGGAGAAGCUCCGCAGCGUUCCGAGAGCUGCCGGCAAGCCACCCGUGUGCGUCCGAACGCGACUCACGGCCUGCGUGCGCCUGACAAUCGAGCAUGUGAGGGCUCCUAGCUGUGAAGGACCAAGACACUCUACACAGACAGACGCAGUUGCCGUCGCACAGCUUGCAGCGCAUGAUUGA